AUGCAGGCGCGAGCGCAGCCGGGCAGGAGCAGCAGCGUCAGCUCCCACAGCCCCAUGUCGUGGGGCACAGGGCAGCACCUGCCCCUGGGGCUCCCCAGGGCCACGCUGCAGAAAUCAGCAUCGAUGUACACGGAAAUACAGCGACCAGAGGGUGAGAAUAUCCUGACCCACCCAGACUACAUAGAUGGAAACCCAGACCUCAUCAAACCUAAAAAGCUCCUAAACCCUGUAAAAGCCUCAAAGAGCCACCAAGAGCUGCACAGAGAGCUGCUGAUGAACCACAAAAGAGGUUUGAGCAUGGAGAGCAAACCGGAGCUGCAGCGGGUGCUCGAGCACCGUCGGCGAAACCAGAUCAUCAGGCAGAAGAAGGAGGAGGAAGAGGCAAAGAAAUUGCAGUCUCCUUUUGAAAAGGAGCUAUUAAAAAGGCACCAGAGGCUGGAUCAGUUGGAGAAAGAGCAAGAGAAGGAGGAAGACCAUGCACCAGAAUUCAUUAAAGUCAAGGAAAACCUGAGAAGAACAUCGACGGUGACUGGGGACGAGAAAGCAGCGUAG